AUGAUUCAAAUGUUAAGUUUUUAUCAAAAUUUCAGAAAUGAUUUUCAUCGUUGGGGUACUCAAAUUAUUCGUCUAAUUGAUAUGGAACCUCGUUUAAACUUGUCUAAUAAAUCAAUUACGAUGCACAUUUUACGUUUAACUGGAGAACAACAUUUUCUCAAUUUGAUCCGCUUAAUUUUAAUUGGAAUAUUAUCAGAUUUUGUGGAGUUCAUAUCAAGCAAUAUUACCUCACAGUCAAGUUUUAACGAUGAUUCAACUCAACUUUCACUCUCAAAUUGUCCACCAGUUCGUUUUUCUCCUGAUGCCCUGCGUGUAUGGUCGGUGUUGGUUGACCGAUUAACUCUGUUCAUUCUAGAUGAACAUCGAGUGUCUGAGAAUCAGUCAGCCAUAGAUAUCGAUUUGAGUACUGUUGAAUCUGCGCUGCUAAUGCCAUUCUGGUUGGCUGGAGCUUCACAUCCAAACACAAUCGAUGGUAAUCACGAUAGUUCAUCUGAUACUUUCCAGUACCUUUCAUUCAAAGAUAGUUUGGCUAUAUCAAUGCGCCAGUCUAAUUUAUUUUCAGCAUUUCAUCAGGAAUGUUGUUUACUAACAACAGUUCCUACAAAUGCUUGGAUUAAUCAACUAUCUAUCAAACUAUCCACACUUAUUUUAAGUUAUGCACCCAAGGUAUUCGAAAGCAUUAAUUUGCAUUUAAUUAGCCGUUUUGUACAUCGCUUAGCUCAAAGUGCAGAAAUUUAUGAAGAAAAGGGAAAUCAGAAAGAUACACACUAUACAUUUGCUUCUGUAAAAAUUGAUGAUCAACCACUUGGUCAACUUACUGGAUUAGUUAGCCUGCUUAAUUCAUUACUGUUAUAUAUACCAUGGCUUCACCCUCCAGCACAAACUGAAAAUGAUGAUUCACCUCCCUGUUAUCUAAGUGCCCAGGAAUCAACUACUCAGUGGUUGACAUCUCCUCCCGUUAUGUCCAUUCGUAAUCGAACAAAUCAGUUGGUUAAUGAGAAGUCUGUAAAUGGCGUUCAUUCCAUAAAUCGAUCUGCAAAUAGUAAUCAGGUCUCUUAUGGUUUACUUGAUGCUUUAGAGACAGUUGUAUUCCUUCUUAAUAAUCAUCUUCAUGGCACAGAUUCUGUUUUGUCAAUGUUUUCUAAGCUGGAGUCGAGUUUAACUCGUUUGGUUCACUGUUGUGUAAAAGCCGAAAAAGCUGUUAUUGAAGCGGGAACAGAUCUAGAUGAACCACUUUUAAUUACUCAACACAGACAACAUGCUAAAUUAGCACUGGAGGAAGUAUUCAUAUGCAUUUGGAAACAGAUGAAAGUUGUUCCUCCCAAUGUAUCCAUCAAUAAUCCACUGUCCAUGUUGCAUACAAUCCCCAAUAUACAAGAUCUCAAAACACCGGCUACCACUCCCGUAUUUAAUUCGGAAAUAUCUGAUUCCAUUCAUCCGAUUGCUCAAUAUGAAGCUAUACUCAGCUUAUCACUCACACUGUGUGGUUACAAUGUGGAAUCGAAUCAAGAAUCUUGUGAAUGUGCAAUUCAAUUGUCUGUUACUUUCAUGAAUUGGUUCAUCGGUUUUUGGAAUUAUUUAGUCGACCAGUAUUGUGUAAAACAAACUAAAAGUAAUUCAUCAAAAUUAUUAAAUUUUCGAAACUUUUUAAUUAAUUUGGAACCUGAAUUUCAAAAAAUUAUUAAACGAACAUUAAAUCCAAAUAUUCAACAAUUGGCUGACUUAAAUCCUGAUGAAAAGAAUACCUCCAGGCGUAAAUCUAUUCCUCGCAAAACGCCCAAGUCGGAACCAACUAAACGUCUGUCUCGUUUAUCAAAAAGAUUGUCCUCCUCUUCUUCCCAAUCGCCAGUAAUUUCUAAUAAUCUGAAGUUGAAAAUAGAAGAGAACUCUCCUAUUGAUUCUUUGGUAACCACUUCAGGUUCUGAUAAAAAGUUAUCUUUUGCUAAAGAUAAAUUUAAACUGGAGAAGUCCCGGAAAUCAAAUACAAUUGUGGGUGACUUGUUCUCUGAUAUUCGUGUUUCACAGAAUAAGAAUGAUCCUCAAAAACUUUCACAUAACCCUUCUAUUCGACCACGUCGAGGGCGCCUUUCAUUAGUAAAAGUUAAUAGUCCAAUUGAAAAAAUAGUUACACCUGUUCGACGAUCAUUUGAACAAACAGAAAAUAUUACUCAAUCAGCUCCAUCUAAUUCCUCAUCUAGGCGUAGUCGUGGUAGAAAAGGUGUUAAUCUUUUUCCUGCCUCUCCUAAACCAUCACCUACAAAUGGUAUUAUUGCUGAAGCUUUUGGAAUUCCAUCUGGUACAAGUCUUAUAAAUGAUGAAAACGAUAAUCAUAAUUGGUCUCCUACAGCGACAUCUCCUGGUCCACUUCCGUGUCGUCCAUUGGUUAAACGCCGCUUAUUCGGUGGACCACAGGAAAUGCCAGUGACAGAAAGUAAAUCAAGCAAUUAUAAUCAGUUGUCAUUACAACCAACAAGGAAACGACAUUUCUCUGACUCGGAACGAAAUACCACUAAUUCUUCUAAGGUUGUAACUAUUUCAACUUGUUGUGAAGAUACUUGUGAUUUUAUUUUCAUCCCACCUCAAUCAGAAAGUGUGAAGAAACGACGUCGCUGUUUAACUACUCAUCAGAAGGAACGUUUCAAAGAGCAAUUAAGAGAAUAUAUACCUACUAUGUACAAUGAAUUAGAUAUUAGUCAACAAUCAUGGUCUUCCUUAAGUGGUGGGGGCGGUGGUAGUGAAUCUCAGUCUCAACUUGAAUUUAGUCUUCAAUCAUCUGUCAACAAAGAUUGUCAAGAAGUCUCUGAAACACUGGAACCACUGGAUUCUCAUGCAAAACCGAAUGUAACAGAGGAGGAUUUGAACAUCAAAAACAACCAGACCGAAAAUAUUACUGUUAAGACUUCUACUAGUUCACUUUGCAUGGAAUCCGAAUACAUACCUACCAAAAUUGUUCUAUCUCCAUCGAUUGAUUCUCUCUCUGAGAAAGAAUCUGAUUUGAAGGAUGACAUUGAAAUAAUACAAGAUACUGAGACAAUUAAUACAGAAUGCGAAUUAGAUUGUGUUGAUGAAAUCUCAUCUAAAUUGAAUACAUCUGAUUUGUCCGAUGAAACAAGCUCAAAUCAGUUGAAUGAAUCGUUUAAUUUACCUUCAACAACUUUGUCUAGACAGUCUCCUAAAGAUGACAAUGAUAGGGUAUCACCUCCGACCAUUACUGUAUCUAUUCCACCAAUUUUAACCUCUCGUCCGAGUAAUCAUACAUUAUCUAGCCCAUUAAUAAGAGGAUCAAGUCGUGCUCAAAAAAUGCUUGUAUUAGGUUUACAAAAAGCCGCCGAACAGACUGCACGUCAGAGGUCGUCUUCCGGAGAUCAUAACAGUGGUAAUCUGUCCUUGGAUAAUAGUCCUACACUGACAGAACGAAAGUCAACGUUAAAUUUGCUGGCUUCUCCAUCUCGUUUGACACUCAAUGUUUCGGUAGCAGAUUCUCCAUCUGGAAUUAUACGAAAUUUAUGGUCAAAGAAAAAAUCUCAGCGUGUAUCUUUUGUUGAACAACCAGUAGUUUAUACAAUCGAAUCGACGAAUUCUAUUGAACAAGAAUCCGACGAAGAUUAUGAUCAUGAUAAUCAAAUUAACUUCAGUACUAAUAGUAAAAGAAUCGUAUUUAAUAAUAAUAGUGAUGAUGGUGAUAAAUACGAGGAAUUUAAUGAUUUGAAUGAAAAUAAACCUGAUGAAGUAGUAAUUAACAGUAGUGUCGAAGAAUUGAAAGAAUCCAACAAAAAGAAUGAAGAGACGGGAAUAAAUGGGAUACCUAUGUCAAAAAUUCAAGCUCACGUCAUAUCGAAACAGAUUCCUGUUGAUUUAGAUGCUUCACAAGAUUCAUCACAAUCUGUAUUCUCGAUUACUACAGAAAUCGAUAAAGAGACAACUCCUAGCACAUUAUCAGAAGAUAGUUUUGAAUCAAGUCUACAUCAUCGUCGUAAAUCAGCUUCUCCUCAACGACGGGAAUUACCGAUUAAAAAAGUAUCCUCUGGAUCUAAGUAUCAAACUUCUAAGCAACUUUUAAAGUCAUCCAAAGGUAGACCGUUAUUCAUGGAGCCUGUUCAUCAAACAGAAGUGAUUUCCCAUAAUUCAAAGACAAGUGAAUCAACAGAAUCACUUCAUAUGAAUAAAAAAGAAAAUAUCCUUGUAACCGACAGUGAGUCAACCUUGAUAGCAGAUACUCAGUUAGAGGAAAGUACUCUUCAAACAAAUGACAUUGGUGACAAUUCUUCUCGCUCUAAUAAACAAACACAGGAGGAUGAAUUCGUUACUACCGAUAGUUAUGUUGAUGAUGAGUGCAUUUUAAUAGAAGGGAGUCAAGGUGGUAGUCAAAUCAAUAACACCGAAGAUCAGUUGAGUUCUUCAACGAAUAGUCAAAUAAAUCAGUGUAGCUUCUCACCUAUCAAUGUAGAGGAGAGUCCAGAAAUAAAUAAUGAUAAUAAUAGUGGUACAAAGGAUAGUUCAAGCUCCCAAACGAUUGCCAUUUUAACAGAUAAUAACGACACUAAUGAUAAAAAUGUAGUAACUUCUAGUCUCAUUGGUCUUAAUGAAGUCAUUGAUGAACGGAAUGUUACAUUCUCGACAUUACCUAAUAAUAAUAAUAAAAUCAUGAAUGAGAACAUUGAAGAGAGUGAAGUGAAGGACGAUACCGUUGGUGAUAAUAAAGAAAAUCAACCAGAAUCAACAGUGAUGAGUGACUCGACAGAAAAUGAUGUAGAAAAAGAUAUUUUAGAUAAACUAUCACAAAUCGCAACUAGUUUGCCUAUAUUGCGACCAGAACAAAGACGUGCUGUUCUUUUAGAAGCUCUUAGUACAUUCAAAUCAAUUAUGCCAUAA